ACUAAAAUUAAUAAAGGAAAACCAAGAAAAUGGCUACAAUUCUGGAGAAAAUCGCCGCUAUUGAAUCCGAGAUGGCUCGGACCCAAAAGAAUAAAGCAACAGCGCUUCAUUUAGGUCUUCUGAAGGCUCGAUUAGCUAAAUUAAGACGAGAACUCAUAACACCGAAGGGUGGCGGCGGAGCCACUGGCGAAGGUUUCGAUGUGGCGAAAACCGGUGAUGCCCGUAUUGGCUUUGUAGGCUUUCCUUCUGUGGGCAAGUCAACACUGCUAUCUAAUUUAGCUGGAGUAUACUCUGAAGUGGCAGCAUACGAGUUCACAACCCUCACCACUGUGCCUGGUUGCAUUAAAUAUAAAGGUGCUAAGAUACAGCUGCUUGAUCUACCAGGAAUCAUCGAAGGCGCUAAAGACGGCAAAGGUCGUGGUCGACAGGUGAUAGCUGUUGCCAGAACUUGCAGUCUCAUAUUCAUAGUUCUGGACGUAUUGAAACCGCUCCAGCAUAAGAAACUGCUCGAACACGAGUUAGAAGGCUUUGGUCUACGGUUAAACAAACAGCCUCCAAACAUACACUUUAGGAAAAAAGAUAAGGGCGGGAUUAAUUUGAAUACUACGUGCCCACAAUCUGAAUUAGACAUAGAGACAGUGAAGACAAUCCUGUCAGAGUACAAGAUUCACAAUGCUGAUAUCACACUACGCUACGAUGCCAACAGCGACGAUUUAAUUGAUGUCAUUGAAGGCAACAGAAUUUACGUGCCUUGCAUUUAUCUACUUAAUAAGAUUGAUCAAAUCAGCAUAGAGGAACUGGAUGUUAUUUAUAAAAUACCCCAUUGUGUGCCAAUCUCUGCACAUCACAAAUGGAACUUUGACGACUUGUUGGAAAAGAUGUGGGAGUACCUCAAACUCAUCCGGAUAUAUACCAAGCCCAAAGGACAGCUACCUGAUUACAAUGCACCCGUAGUACUACAUGCUGAUAGAACUAGUGUUGAAGAUUUCUGCAACAAAUUGCAUAGGUCCAUUGUUAAGGAGUUUAAAUAUGCCUUGGUGUGGGGAUCGUCGGUGAAGCAUCAACCGCAGAAAGUGGGUAUCGAACAUGUAUUAGCCGAUGAAGAUGUGGUUCAAAUUGUCAAGAAAGUCUAAUGUUGUGUAUGGAAUAGAAAUAAUUUAUUUUGUAAAGCACAAUGCAUUGCAGUAUGACAGUAGUAGAUAGUUAAAAAUACAUAUUCACAUUGUUUGAGCAUCUGAAAACCAGCGUCCCGAUAUCAGGUGAGACUGAAAAUCAUUUGAACAUGAUUGAUUGUGGUGAAUGACAUCAUAUUGUCCCCUUUAUACGAAUGUUAUUUGAUUCUUACUUUCAUAGUUUUAUGUUCUGAUGUAAAUAAGUUCAUCAAAGUUAUGACAUAACAUAAACCGUAAUGGUUUUGUAACGAUACGAGUUGAUAACUGAUUGUUUCUCAUUUAUUCCGUAUGGUUAACUGACACUGCAGGGUGGAAUCAUGAAGUUGUGAUUUUCAUUUACUUUGGUACGCGUUUCUUGAAACGCCUUCGCUUUUCCUGAUUCCUACUUGUAUUUGCUAUGAAUACCAUUAAACGAUUUUCCCUUUAAAAGCUAUUUUAUUCUCACUUUGACAUACAACUCACUUUUCAAGUCUGAUUUUAAGGCCUGUGCGCAUUCUGUAGCACUGUGAAUUCCACUGCUGUCUUGUUUUUCUUAAAAUAAUUACUCAUUAUGUCACUCCAAAACUUUACUUGUUGAUAUAAAAGACAGAUCUGUUAUUUUUGUAUAAUCUAUUCUUCCAUAGCAUAGGGGAAGUAAGUAACCACUCGUCCUACUCUACUACACUCUAUCUAAAAUUUCUUUUCUUUGUGUUCUUUACUGUUAACCCUACCUUACUUAAUGUUAACUAUUAACAGUGUGUUUAAUUAUAUGAUUCCGAAGAAACACAAUAUGACAUGUUGACAGUCAAAAAAUAAGCUUUUGCCACAAAUGCUAUGCUUAACAGCGUGAUCACGGUCGCAAUACAUGCUAUCUCGUACUAAUUGCUUGGGCAAUGCCGGCAUUGCCCAAUGUAUCACCAUCGCCUGAACUCGAAUCGUUGAUUUCUUUAUUUGGAGUUACGCAUAGGUACGUAAACUUAAUCAUGGGGCAAGUUCGCUAUCGUGGUGAAAUUUGCCAAUCAACGUGAGGUCCUCGCUUGUUAACCAGAGUGUACAACAAUUAGCUAAGUCCUCGGUCAGCUGGAUCUGUGCAAGGCGAUGAAGGCGACGAGGUGAUGCGGCUGUGGUACAUAACGUUUACGCAGUUAAGAGUGCGAUAAUCUUAAGCUAUUUUAUGUACCUACACAGAUAGGCUGUUGUGAUAUCCCUUUGUCGUUUUUUUCUCGUCAAGAAAAUGGUUUUCAGAUGCUCAAACUGUAUGCCGAAGCAUAAAAUAUCCUUUUAAAGAUUUGAUUUUAUUGAACAACAGUUAUUAUGAGCUCAUAAUUUGAAUUACAAUAAACAGGUGUAUUGCUUAAGAGUAGAAUAAUAAUAAGUUAUAGGUAUUUGCUCGAUGCACUUUUGUUUUUUUUUACUCAAUAUAUUUUUAUUCAACUCUAAAUAAUAAUGACUGCAGUGAAAAUAACGUGGGAUGUUUUACUC